AUGGCAUGGAAAGAUGGUGCUUGGGAUGAGGUCAACCUUGAGGAUCCACUAACCCUCGGAAGCUGUACAUGUGAUCUGACACAGGCGCAGUGUGAUGUAAAUUGUUGCUGUGAUCCAGACUGUGAGGGACUGGCAAGUGGCUUCAGUUGCCUGCCAGAAGGCCCCCAGAGUGCGAGCCAGUACUGCUACUCAAAGAGUUGGUUGCACAGUGUGAAUCCGCGAGUUGACCUUUGGGUCAUCUCAGAUGACCUCAGGGGACUCCUUUGUGUCUCUGUGGACAACAGUGCGGUGCAAGGAGAGGUGUUCCAGAAAGAGGCCAUCCUUUCAUCCUCUCAGAUCGACGCUAUCAUUCAGGAGCAAAGUCCUCCAACCUCUACAGUAGCCACUGGAGACGUGGCAGUGCGCGGUUAUCAAACUGGAGACAUCUUGAAGGUCAAUUCUGCGCUCUCAGGAACGGUUGAGCUCAUUCUAGGAGCAUCAACCCUGGAGACUGCAACUUUGGAGGUUGUCAGACCUUUGUCCAUUGCUGCAGCUGGUCCUUCCGGUACUUGUGCUACUGGCAACGGUCAAGUCGUAAGGUUUCUAAACGAAGUUCCUUCGACCUCAUGCUGGAAGCAAGUGGACCUGGCGACCCAAUGCACGACGACUUUGAAUCCUAGGCAGCUCUUAGACACGUGGAUGCUCCAUCGCCAGUACCUCCCAGAGGAGAGACAUGCGCUGUGGGGAGCGCUGUUUGAUCCCAACAACAUGCCUGGUGCAGCGCAAAGCUGCCCCGGUCUCGGCUUGAAUCGGCUCCAAAGUCCAGUUGGUUUCACGUCCAGAGUGCAACAGCUCCUUUCCAGCAGGUUGAUGGAAGUGCAGCAGCCUCAACUCUGGCACUUCCAGUUUCACUUUGGUUUGGUCUCAGAUGUGGUUAGCAUCACCAAAGUGAAUGUGAGCUACAGCAUCCAAGACAUCUACAGCGCAGGCUGUCAGUCGCUUCGCGUGCAGCAAGGAGGAAGUGUUCACUUUCUUCAGGACCAAUCGGGAAGUCAGCUGGUCGAGGCACGAUCGGGAAAUCCAGGCUACAUCACUGGUUUGCCGCUACUCGUGGCUGAUUGUACCCUUGUGGAUGGGAGCUGCAACUACGGGGGACGCCGAGAUGCCACGGUUCCAGGAAUUCUGCCUGGAGGCAAAUGCGCAUUGCUCAAUGCUAGCACUGCUGACACCCAAGAGGUGAAAAUCAACUUUGGCGAGAACGCCAUAUUUGGAUGCAUUCUGGAUUUGACCCGUGCUGAGCUGAAAUCACUCUGUGGAGGUACUGCUUUGGCAAAUGGCUUUGUGGGCGCGCAAUCUCAGCCAGAGUGUCAGUUGCAUCAAGUCAAAAAGAAAUUUCUGUCUCUGAGCUAUGCAGGUGGAAGAGAGUCCAAGGAUGUGCCAGAGGCACGCCCAAACGGCAUGAUGUCCAGAGAAGAAAGAACCUUCCGUGAAUGGCUUUCAGCAUACGUCGAGAAGUACCAGCAGAAACCCAAGAAUGCUGAACAGCUGUGUGCCUUUGCACGCAACCAGGGCGGUCAUGUGAUGUAUCGACUUGUGAAGGAGAGACUGAACCAGGCUGAAGCUCCGUCCUUACAGAGAUCCAGCAGUUCUCCACCGGACACAAACGCGGUCAACAUCUUUCCUGUGAUGGCUCCAGUGUUGCUGCGCUUCAGAAGUGACAAAGGUGAAAAGAUGGCAAAUGUCCAGGCUGUCCAGGUGGAUUGGGGGCAGGCAAUGCCAUCCGCAAUGACGGAGCCUGCUCGAAAGCCUCUGCAGCCUGUGCCUGUUGCAUCCAAAACCAAGUCACUUCUUUCCAAUCGAAAACUUGCUCAGGCGGUUCUAGCCAUCUCCUAUCGCAGGAUCGCAGAGCGUGCCUCUGUGCGACGAAAAAUCACAGAUUUCGGCUUGAAUGGAAGCUACUCAAUGGAGACAAAAUCAGAGCUUUCCAGAUGUGCGAUUUGUUUGGAAAUGGCUCCAUGCUUGCAGAGUGCCGGAGAUCUUUGCAGAGACAGAAACUGUGAAGGAUGGUUCUGCCAUCCUUGCAUUCAGAAGCAUGUGGCUACUGUCAUUGCUGACACUCGUUUUUCAGUUCCCACCAUUCGCUGUCCUAGCUGCUUUGGAUUUGUGCCUCCAUUUUGCUGGCAAAACUUUUCAGAAAGCGACCUAUUGAUGACCUGGAGGGAAAAUGCGGCAGACCUCCUGUCAAUACGUUGUGCAGAAUGUGACGAACCAGGCACCCUCUUGCAGACCGGACAAGGCAAGGAAGAGUCAGCGCGCAAAAAACUGACAGACACAGCCUUUGCCCAGCUGGAGGACUGGUCAAGUUUGGUUGAGAAGUGGUAUCUCUUCGAGAAGGGUUCCAUGAGUGCAAAUGACUUGGUGGCAGCUCUCCUAGAGGUUUGGGGCCACGCAGAAGAAAACGAAGAGGAAACCCCUGCGGAGCUCACCAAGAAGGUGAUGGCAGCCAUGAAGUUGGUUGAGGAUGAUGGACUCCGUGCUGUCCUUCAGUUGUCCAUACUGAAACGAUAUCCCAAGACACAAACCGCAUGUUGUGACUCGGACCACUGUUUCCGGUGCAAAAUCCACACGCACCACGAAGGUAGCAGUUGUGCAGAAAUCCUACAGGAACAGCUCCCUGAGGUUGCAAUCACAUCAUUUGUCUUUGCGGAGAAAACUGGACAUGGGAAGGUGAAGAAGAAGAGUAGCCUACAGACAGAGACUCUUGCGUUCACAGAUUCUGACGCAGCUCAGAAGGCCUCCACCUCUACAUGCACUGGUGCCGUUGUGGGCGUUGAGCUAGAGGUAAUCUACUCAUCGUUUGGGAAAAUUGGAAACCCUCAGAUGAAGGUGGUGGGGAGCCGUAUUUCCCAUCAGCAGGGAGCACUUUCCUACACGCUUGCCGACGCAACGAAAAAGCAAUCUUUUCAAUUCACAUACACCGUGAAAUUCACUCACACGGGCUCGGAAAGGAUGGAUGUCAAGGUACCGCCAAGACCGCAACUGCCAUUGUCACUGCCACCAGAUUUGUUCUAUCCCUUCACUUUGGGCUCUGCGAGCGUGCCAGCCAUUCACUUCGUUCUGAUUGCUGCACUAUGGGUGGUGAUAGCAAGGGUCUAG